UUUGCGUUCAACAUGCAAGCGCCCAUUGUGCUCACGUGCGACGCUGGCAAGGCCAUGGUCGUCGCCACCGACAAGUCGUCGACUGCGUCUGUCGUCGAAUCGCGCUUCCUCCUCGAUGGCGCUGAGUACCUCUCCAUCGAGCCUAUCGACGAGUCGCUCGUGCACCUCGUCUCGAUGCACCACGGCAAGCGGUACCUCAGCGGGCAGCCGCUGCGCUCCUCGCUCGUCUGGUCAACGCGCGCGUCGCCCCGAGCCGUCUUUCGCAUCGCCGAGUCCGAGUCGCCAGGGACCUUUUGCCUUGAGAGCGUGCGCUGGCCGCAGCAGUUUGUGCACUGGAAGCGCGCGCGCUCCAGCCGCGCAAUUGGUCACCUCGCGCUCACGCGCAAGCACGCGACAGCGUUCGCUGCUAUUGACGCUGCCCAGCGCGACCAGACGCUCCUCCGACGGCGGUACGAUGCGAACUCGGCCGUUCCCACCGUCUACGUCUGCGCCACAGCUUUCAACGUCGACUUGACGAGCGCAGAGGAGGUUGACGCGCUCUGCGUCCUCGAGCCCAUCGGGUGCUGGGAAGCCGAGGACUUGCCGGUGGCGUACCGUGCCGACUGGCAGCACUGUCAAGCGUCCUAGUCGCCCCGAUUCUGUAUUUAUUCGGUUUAAAGAUGAUAUAUAUAAAACCACAUGUCGCAUCA